GGAGGAGGAGGGAGGCUGAAGGAGAAACAGAGGAGAGCACAGAGGCAGGCUUUGCCUUUUCUGGUAGUUAAAGUGGCUGAAAGAACAAGCAGGAAUUCUUCAUGUAGCAGAAGGGCUGAGAUAAAAACCAGACUGUAGAAGUUGAUGUAUGCAGAGAGGGGAGACGCUGCUUUUCAUGGACUAAACUUCAGCUACUGUUAAGUGAAAAAUUUAGGAGAAUCUUUUGGGCAUCAUGGAGGAUGACUUCGACCGCCGCAUGGAGCUGAGGAGGCAGAGGAGGGAGCAGAUGCGCCUUGAGGAGAACAGUGUUGGUUUCACCAAUGACGAUGAUGAGGAGGAAGCUCGAGAGCGACGGCGUCGUGCGAGGGAGGAGAGAAAGAAGAUGAGGGACUCGGAGGAGUCUGGAUCCACCGAUGUGAUUAACACUAGUGUGAUUGAAACCGAUUCCACCACCGGAGGUACAGAUGAUGACCAGGCUCUGCUGGACCGGCUCGCUAAGAGGGAGGAGCGCAGGCAGAGGAGGAUGAAGGAGGCCAUGGAGAGACAGAAGGAUCUUGACCCCACCAUCAGCACCACCAAUGGUACGGACAGCACACCCGAAGAGGAAUCCUCAGUCAGCAGCAGCAGACGGGAACAUACAGAGGAGGAGGAGGAGGAGGAAGAGGAGGAAGAGGAGGAGAAGAAGGAGGAACCAGCCCAAGAGGAGGUGGCAGAAACGGAUACAAACUCCUGGAAGAAGGAGGAUGAGGACAAGAACGAGGAUGAGAAGGAAUCUGUUGAGGAAUCAAGAACAACAAGCACAAGAGAUGAGGAGGAGACUGAGGAGGUGGCUGCAGCAGCUGAAGAGGAGAUGGAGCAGAAAGAUGCUGAAGAGAAAUCUGUGGAAGAAGACGAGGAAGAAAAAGAAAGAAAUAGGAGAGCAGAAGAGGAGAGAAAAGAACAGGAAGAAAAGCUGAGGACAGAAGAAGAGGAAAGGCAAACAAGGGAAACUGAAGAAAAGCUAAAGAAAGAGGAGGAGGAGAGACAGCUGAAGGAGGAGGAGGAAAGGCAGAGGAGGGAAGAGGAGGAAAGCCAACAGAAGGAGAUGGAAGAGAGGCUAAGAAAAGAGGAGGAAGAAAAACAGAAACAGGAGAUGGAGAUGGCGGAAAAACUGAAGCGAGAAGAAGAGGAAAGACAGAAAAGGGAGAUGGAAGAGAGACAAAAGAAAGAGGAAGAUAAACAAAAAAAACUAGAGGAGAAGAAGAAGAAAGAGGAGGAGGAGAGACGGAAAAAGGAGAUGGAAGCAAAAAAGAACUUGGAGGAGGAAAAGCGGAAAAAGGAGGCUGAAAUAAAGAAGAAAAAAGAGGAAGAGGAGAAACGCAUCAGGAGAGAGAUGGAGGAGAAAAAGAAAGAGGAGGAGAAGCCAAAGAGAUUUGGUUUUAAGGAAAAGGAACCAGCCAAACUGAACGGAUCCCUUUUUGAGAACAGACUUAAGAAAACAGAGAAGACAUCAAGUGUUCCCUCCACCAAGGCCGAUGACGCAGAGCGACAGGAGGCCGAGCGUAAGCUGCAGGAGCUGAAGCGCCGACGAAACAACGCAGAAAGCGAGGAGAUGGAAAAGAUGAAGCAGAAGCAGCAGGACGCAGAGGCCGAGCUGGAAGGGCUGAAGAAGAAGAGAGAAGAGAGGAGGAAGAUCAUGGAGGAGGAGGAGAGGCAGAAGAAACAGGAGAUGGAGGAGAAGAAAGCCAAAGAACAGGAGGAGAGGAAGAGAAUGAAAGAGGAGAUUGAGAAAAGGAGGGCAGAGGCUGCAGAGAAGAAGAAAAUCAUGGAAGAGGUGGUGUCUACUAAACCCUCCUUUGCUAUCAGUCCCAAAGGAUCAUCAAAGAUUGGAGAAAAGGCAGAAUUCUUGAACAAAUCAGCCCAGAAGAGCAGCACACCCAGAGUGUCUCACACUCCGAUCAUGUCCAAGAUAGGAAACAGAUUGGAUCAGUACACUUCUGCCAUCCAGGGAAACAAAGAAGCGAAAUCUCCAAAGUCACCAAUGGCAGAUAUUACUACAGGAGGCACACGGAGCAUCAAGAGCAUGUGGGAGAAGGGCAACGUCAGCAGCUCCUCUGAAAGUCCACCCCCUGCUAACAAGGAUGUGGCUGCUAUCAAAGGAGGCGUGACUGGACGUGUCAACAGCUGGAUGGCAAAGCCUGCAGACACGGAGAAGAUAGCAACACCUUCACCCGCACCUGCACCUGCACCUGCACCUGCACCUGCACCUGUAGCGGCACCGGCAGUGGCAUCACCACCAGCAAAGCCUGCAGAUGGGAAACCAGGUGACAUCGGUAACAAGCGUGGCAUGUGGGAAACCAAGAAGGGCUCUGCACCUGGCAAGUUGGCAGCUGGAGUCAAGAGCAAGUUUACCACAAAUGCAGGUGUGAGACCCUAGCUACUGACAUCACCUUCAAAAUAAAGCCUUACCCCCCCCCCCCCCCAACACAAGGCUCUGCUCUGUGUUUGUAUCAAUUUCCCCUCAACCUUAGUUCCUGUACUUUUGAUGAAGUUCAUACCAGACUGAGGACAAGACAAGGGACCAGCAUCAACUACACUUAAGAACUCCAGCAUCUAUGUUGUUCCCCAUUUCCCAAAUAUGCAAUACCUAGUAAGGGUCUCCAGGACAAAGUACCACAUGUUAAAUGCUUAAUAGAUAAUGGAUUGUGUAUUUCAUAUCUGUUUAAUCAAAGUGACUCUUUUCAAAUGGCUGGAUGCAUCAAUAUUAUAUUGUUUUGAAGCCAAGCUGCUGGUUUUGCUCUUCUAGUUGUUAUACAGCUUACGUGCAAUCGUAAGAAUUUAAGCUUUAUUGUCCUUCACUGCCACUGUUUUAUUUGAAUGGUAGUUACUAUUUUGACUGCAUGUAAUAACCAAUGCUGAUCAAAAUCUACUUGAUGGACUUUCAUGAUCCUCAAAGCGCUUAUGCCCUGCUUCCUUUGGUCAUCAUGCGACUUUUCAUCUGGUUUGAGUGAGACGUCUCAUCAGUUAUUGAGUUGAUUGCUAUGAUAUUUUGGACACACAAUCGUCAAAAUGUUCCCUUAUUAUGUUUUUCAAGUGUGCUGUCAUGCUGUUUAGUGCCAUCGUCAGGUCAAAUCACAAGCUGUUGACCAAAUAUUUACUAAAAUUAACAUUCCCAUUAUCUUCCAUAUGUUAGAUUCAUUGCUGAUUAAUUAUUAAAUGUUUUUGCUAAAUGCUGGUUAGAGAAACUGAAGAGGACAACCAUGGUCAGCAAUACACCAGCUUAUUAUUUGUUAUUUUAAACAACUUAGAAAGCUGACAUUAGCAUUUAGCUAAGGCCUCACAGAGUGACUGGCAGAGCUGUAGACUCACUGUUUGUUAGCUCUAACCUCCUAGGGAACUUUGUAGGACAUCUGGACCUAAUUUCACUUACCAGCAAUUUAUUUUAAGUGUACAACUGAAAGCUGGGGUUGUUGUAGCUUCAACAACUCAUUUAAUUAUCAUUUAUUUGAAUUCAUAACAGAAGACUUUAUGUCUUAUUAGAAAAAAGGUUUGUUAGUAAGCAAUGUUUAUGAAAACCACAGGUUGCCUUAUCAUAAAGAGGUACCGUUGACCUCACAGGAGCAGAUAAAACCAGUCGUACAUUUUAGCCCAUAACUACAGGUAUAUGGUUUGUUACCUUUUUUGCUUGCCUCAGAUUAAAAAUCACAUUUUUUUUUACUUUAUACAGCACCAAAACAGUCUACAUAUGUGUUAAAGUAUCCACUGUGAAACUAGUCAGUGACCAAAUGCAACGCUAUUCAACAGACAGUCUUAACAAACAUCAGCUCACUCAUUUUGCAGUUUAAUUGCACUGCAGCAGGAAUAAAGUUUAAGAAGACAUUAGCAAUAUGCACUCUGUUUUAACAAUGCCUGUAAUCUACUUCAAGCUGUACCCUGGUGCUCCCGUCUGUCAGCAGGGCACAUAAAUUGAAUACUGCCAAAAUGUAUUUGUAGUCUUACGAUAUUGUUGUGGUGAAUGGCUUAUUUUUGAAACAUUUGAAAUUACUGUUUGUACUUGCUUGAGCAAUAAAGAAAUACAAAAAAG